CUGGCUUUGAAUGUUUUUUGUUAAUUUUCUGACCACUGCAGGAGCAGUGCCUUGAAAUAAUAAAGCCUCCAAUGUGGCCAAACCUAUACGGUAUAAAAACGACUCCAUGCAAUCUCAGGAUCAUCACAGCCAAACGAAGGAGGAAACACCAACACCACAUCUUCACCAUGAGACAGUCACUUUUGUCCUUCGUCUUUGCUGCAGUGCUGUUGUUUGAGCGUUGUACCUCAUCCCCGGUGAUACCCAGAGGCCAGAAUGAAGAUCGACUAUUGGAACAGGAUGCUUUUGCCUCAAUACUACGUAAUGACAUGGCAGAAGACAGCCUCGGUGAUGCAGAUCUGGCCAUCGUGAACAAACCUAGAGGGGCAAAGCUGAUCAUCGUGGCUGAUCCGAGCCUUUGGAGGGACCUGAGGGUGCUGCACGGCGGCCUGGCGCUCUACAAGCGGAGAUCGGAUGACAGCACCCAGAUCCUGGAUGUGGACCUCAGCGUCCCCAUCCUCAGGAAAGACACCAUGAGGUGCAUGGUGGGAAGAGUGUACCGACCUUGCUGGGAAGCCUAGGACAAUUCUGUCAUCACCUGAUCCUAUCCUGACUCAUGCUGAGUGUGCAUCAUAGUCACAAUAUCUUUGUAUUUAAAUCUAAAGGAAGAUCUGAGAAUAAAU